AUGGAGGCGGACGAAUCGGUGUCGGAUCUCUUGCAGGCGCGAAGACAACACAAGGCGAACGCGGCGGCAAUGGCGGGAUUGAGCCUCGAUUCGCGGGUCGGAAAGCGAAUGGCGCCUCGCGGUGGUGGCGGGACGGAUCACAAGCAGCACCUGGGGAAGAGUCUCUCGCGAGGAAAAUCGCUCGAGAACGCAGAUGAGGGCGAAGAAUGGGAGGAGGAAACGGUAAACGACGAUGACUACUACGACGAAGUCGAGGAGUCCAAGCAGGUCGAAGCCGCUUCGCGCAUCUUCUACAAAUCUAAGAGCGUGGCCGAGCUUCUCGGCGUGCCCGUGAAGCCAAAAGCGGCAGAGUCUUCUUCUUCAUCUUCUUCAACGAGUAGCGACUCAUCUUCAUCUUCAUCUUCUGCGGGCAACGUGAGCCUCGCUACGUUGUCGCAGUCCUCCCAAGACAGCAUUGACACGUUGAAGACGACGACCGACCACGCCCACGAGGAGCGCCUCAACGAGCUCGUCAAGCGACGACAGGAGAUGGUGCGGCUCGAGGCCAAGCUCAAGGGGCUCGAGGAGGCCCUCGUCACUGAGCGCACCGAGCUGCGACGGCUCGAGAGCCAGCUGCCCCCGGCCGCCAACCGCUUCACCACGCUCAUCGCCACCAAGUCGUCGACGGCCCUGCUCCAGCUGCGCGACGAGCAGCUCGCCGCCAAGGCCGCCAAGGAGCAGCGGAAGACGGCGCGCGCCGAGAAGAAGAAGGCCAAGGAGGCCAAGCGCAAGGCCAGUGCCGCCGGCGGCAGCGACAGCUUCACCGCAACGCCGAGCAACGACACCACCGACACCAGCAGCAGCGGUGGUGAUGGCACCACCAACACCAAGGUGGGCGCGGUUCUUGUUGGUGACCUCCUGCGCAGCGGCGGGCGCUGA